UGCGUUCAUUGAGCGUUCAAUUCUCCCCUCCACUUUGCUCCGCUUGGUUCAAUGGUUAGGUUAGGUUAGGGGUGCUUAUGAAGAGGCGCACGGGGUUAGGUUUUGGUAUAGUGCACGUAACAUAUGCUAUACCAAAAUCUAACCCCGAGCGCUUCUUCGUAAACACCCUAGGUCCAUCGCUUCCCUUCGCCUUCGCGCGAUUUUAUCCAUCUACUAUAAUCUCUCUCUUUGACUAAAAAAAAAAAAUCAGCGCAAGUUUUCAAAAAAUUUCGUUCACGUUCGUGUCUCUUUUAAGAUAUCGUGUGUAAUUUAAAAUCAGAUUAAGACCUCUAACCUCUCGCUCGCUAGUCUCUCAACAGGUGAUAAUUUAUAAAUUGGGAUUUUCUUAUUGAUAGGAUAAGGUAGAAGAUCACGAGAAAUGGCGAGCGAGGAAAUAAUCGAGGCCAAUAAGAAACCACAGCCCGUAUUUAAGAAUCGCUCGUUUCAACAGAAAUUUCGGCAGACCAGCACCACUGGGAAGAAACGCACUUGGCGGUCGUUGAAACAAGUUUUGGCUCAGGAGCGUUCCUUACCAUGGCCAGUGACAGUAAAACACUACAGUUCCAUCAAUGCACCGCCGAGCUUCAAACCAGCAAAGAAAUACUCGGAUAUUUCCGGAUUACCGGCACGAUACACGGAUCCACAAACUAAAUUAUAUUAUGCCACUGCCGAAGAAUUCGCAACGGUUCGCAGUUUACCGAUGGACAUAACAGCCGGAUAUCUGGCUUUACGCGGAGCGUCUAGUAUCGUUGGUUAA